CCUGAGGAGCGCGCGGUUGGUGAGAGCCUGGGCGGUGGGUUGCGGUCGCGGCCUCCGCGCCGGGGCAGCGGGAGAAGUCCGUGCCCCACAGCCGAGGUGGCCCGAGGGGCACCGGGGAGGCCGCCGCGACCUCCGGGGCUGGUUGGCGAGUGGGCGCGCAGAGUUUUGGGGCUGAGGAGAGGCGGGGCCCGGCGCCGCGGUAAAGCGCAGCACGGCCCAGGGCCCGCGCUCCGCGGCCUGCAGGACCUGUUGGGAUGAAGGGUCCCGCGGCAGGGUCACGAGGGACCGCGGGAACGGAGCCUCGGGCGACGACUUUGCCGCAUGCACCGAAACAGGAUGACAUCAGAUUUUCAAGGACCCUCUGCCAUGACGACUCUUGGUCACCUUGGCCCAUGCUGACCGGUCCUAACUGGAGUCUUACCCAUCCACGCUUGCGGAUUUCAGGGUUAGGAGGAAUCAUCCCGACCUCCUGACCACCUUCAGGGUGGAGACCUGUCCACACUGGUGGUGAGCACGGCCCUUCUCAUGCUCGCUCCUUCAGGCUGCCUGCGCAGAAAGCCAGCACCUCAGACCGGUGGCCCUCACUCUGUCCCCCUGGAACACGAUCUGGUGGUCGACCCACUGAGGACAUGGAUUUGGACCAGCUGGACCUGAAUCCUAGGAUUAUUGACGCAGUUAAGAAAGCGGCCAAGCUGAGGACAGCAAAGGAGGUCCUGCACUUCUCUGGAGCUGACCUGCAGAGACUGACCAGCCUAUCCAGCCCUGACGUCCAGCACCUGCUGACAGCAGCCUCCUUGCACCUGCGUAGGGGCCCCGUCCUCACAGCACUGCACCUGUACCAGCAGAGGGAGCGCUUCCCCACGCAGCACCAGCGCCUGAGCCUAGGCUGCCCUGUCCUGGACCGGCUCCUGGGCGGCGGCCUGCCCCUGGAGGGCAUCACAGAGCUGGCUGGCCACAGCUCAGCUGGGAAGACCCAGUUGGCACUGCAGCUCUGCCUGGCCGUGCAGUUCCCACAGCGGCACGGAGGCCUGGAGGCUGGGGCCGUCUACAUCUGCACAGAGGACGCCUUCCCCAGCCGGCGGCUGCAGCAGCUCAUGCAGCAGCAGCGGCAGCUGCGGGCAGAUGUGCCCCAGGAGGUGGUCCAGAGCAUCCGCUUCGGCAGCCAGAUCUUCGUGGAGCACGCUGCCGACGCCGACACCUUGCUGGAGUGUGUGAACACGAAGGUGCCCGUCCUGCUGUCCCGGGGCAUGGCCCGCCUAGUGGUCGUGGACUCCGUGGCAGGCCCCUUCCGCUGUGAAUUUGAUGGCCAGGCCUCAGCCGCCCGGGCCAGGCACCUGCAGUCCCUAGGGGCCACGCUGCGCCAGCUGAGCAGCACCUUCCAGAGCCCUGUGCUCUGCAUCAACCAGGUGACAGAGGCUAUGGAGGAGCAGUGCACAGCACGUGGGCCGCCAGGGCCCUGGGAUGAGCACCUCUCCCCAGCCCUCGGCAUAACCUGGGCCAACCAGCUCCUCAUGAGGCUGAUGGCCUACCGGCUCCGCGAGGCGGCGGCUGCCCAGGGCCCACCUGGCCACCCAGCCCGGAUCCUGCAGGUGCUCUCUGCCCCUCACCUGCCCCCCUCCUCCUGCUUCUACACAGUCGAAACAGAAGGGGUGCGAGGGGCACUAGGGGCUGAGUCCUACUAAUGUGGACCAGGUCCCUAGAAACCCUGAUUCUGGCUGAGCCCUGGAAGUGGUCAGUGCGGACGCACAGUGUCAUGGUCCACCAGGGUCACUGUUGGCCCUCCUCAGCCAGAAGAAGAUGGUGAACAGGAAUGCCCGGCUGAGGCUGCGCCCUCCCUUCUGGGUCUCACCCACCCUGCUUGCUGGCCCUUGAAUGACAGAAGACUCCACAGAGCCGAUGGCUUCUGGGGUCGUCGCUACAAUGCCUCAGAAGGGGCUGCCCUGUCCUCAGCUCGCCCCAUCCACACCCCUGUGGGCUGGGGCCUUGAAGUCCCCUGGACCUGGGAGCAUACCCAAUGGAGUGCCCGCCUCCUGCAGGGUGGUCCUCAACCCCCGCACUGCUGAGGCUUCAGUGAGACACCCUCCACAUGCUGCCUGGAAACAGUCUGAGGCAGCAGGGAAACAAGCCCAUCCCAGACCUCGGUGGGGGUGGGACUGGCUGGACUUCCGGUUGCCUCCCCACCCGAGUGCAGAAAGCUUCUGGGAAACCGAUGAGAGGACAAGGAACCAGCAGUAUCCAGUCAGGACAUGCAGCAGCACUGGCCUGGCACAGUGUCCAUGCUGGGGACACAACAGGAUGCCCAGCAGGGCCAUCUGCACAGGGCCAGCCUACCCUCACUUCUAACUACAGGAUGAAGCCUCCUGGAAGCACAGUGGACCCUGGAAUCUGGCCACCUGGCCAUGACCUGAGGUUCAGCAGUCGCUGGGGGACUUGGCCUCCUCACAGGCAGGGCUGAGUUACAGUGGGCUCUACACAGUCUGCCGGGCCCUGUCCCUGUCACUCUCUCCAGUGGGGAGACUGCAGCACAGGACAGCCAAGUGGCUGGGCCAUCCUGCGGCCCUGAGGCAGACCCCCCAUUGAAACUGGAGAGGGAGCCCCCCAUUGAAACUGGGGCCAUGCCUGUUCAGACUGCACGUUCCUCAGGUGGGACGGUCCCUCAGCUCGCCAGAGCACUGGCAUAAAGCUGUUCUGGGGCUGUGGGGCUGGACUCUGCCCAAACAGCCUUCCUGCGAAAGUGCAGGGACUCCAAGGGCAGCAAGUAAAACACUUUAUUUUUGUAACUAAAUAUAGUCAAUUCCAAGAGACUUUCUAGGUAAAAUGUAUCAAUUACAAAAUAAACUACAGCCCCAGACAGG